UGGUUACAUUUACUGUCAUGGCGUCCCCCUGUGUGCUGAGAGGCAACGUGAUUGCAGGUUGAGAUAACUACAUGUCAGCUUUCCCCGAAAGUUGUCAUCGCCAUCAGUUCAUUCUAAAACAGCGUACGGACAAAAAAGCAAGUUUUCACUCCCAGGUCUCAUAUUUUAAAGGUUCAGGUUACUCUGGUCAUCACAGUCAUGGCAUCCUUUAAGCCAACAAAAGUCCAGGUCUAUCCUAAACUUGGAGAAAAAGUCACACAAGAUACACUGUACUGGAAAAACUACAAGGCUCCAGUGCAGAUCAAAGAGUUUGGCGCUGUCACAAACAUUGACUUCUCUCCUGUGGCUCCACAUAAUUAUGCUGUGACAGCAUUCACAAGAAUUCACAUUUACGGGCCGUUCUCCCAAGAGCCUGUCAAAUCGUUCACGAGAUUUAAGGACACAGCGUACAGUGGCAGGUUCAGAUCGGAUGGUCAGCUGCUCGUGGCGGGAUGUGAGGACUCGGUCGUCCGGCUGUUUGACAUCGGUGGCAAGGCGGCACUCAGGAUGUUUAAAGGACACACAAAGGCUGUACAUGUAACAGACUUCACCUCAGACCGCUAUCAGAUCCUCACUGGGUCAGACGACUACACCUGCCGUCUGUGGGACAUCCCCAACGCCACUGAGCUCAACGUCUACCAGGAACACACAGAUUAUAUCCGCUGCGGUGUCACGAGUAAACUCAAUCGAGAUCUCUUCAUAACCGGAUCUUAUGACCACACGGUGAAGCUGUUUGAUGCCAGAGCAGAUAAGAGUGUUCUCACCAUGGAUCAUGGCCAACCGGUGGAGAGUCUUCUCCUCUAUCCCUCUGAAGGGCUGCUCGUCUCCGCAGGGGGCCGCUAUGUGAAAGUGUGGGAUUUACUAAAAGGUGGUCAGCCAUUGGUGUCACUGCGAAAUCAUCACAAAACGGUCACAUGUGUAUGUCUCAGCAGUAACGGACAGAGGCUGCUGUCUGCCUCUCUGGACAGGCACGUUAAAGUGUACAACACAACCAACUACAAAGUGGUCCACAGCUUCGACUACGCCGCCGCCAUCCUCAGUCUGGCUUUAGCUCCGGACGAUGAAUCCAUCGUCGUCGGUAUGACCAACAGUAUCCUGAGCAUCAAACACAGGAAAAGCUCUGAAGAGUCGAAGGGAGCGUCGGGCCAACAGAGGCGGCGACCAGCCUAUCGAGUUUUUGUAAAAGGGAAGAAUUAUGUUCCCAAAGAGGGUGAUUAUCUUGUCAGUAAGCCAGUCAGGGAGCAUUUGGCCAAAUAUGACAAGCAGUUGAAGAAAUUUAAUGUAUCCAAAGCUUUGGAUACAGCUCUGCAGACGUGGACCCGAGUGAAGAAGCCUGAGGUCACUGUUGCCGUUAUCAAGGAGCUGGACCGGAGAGGAACGUUAAAGAACGCCCUGGCAGGAAGGGAUGAGCAGGGACUGUCUCAGCUCCUCCACUUCUUCAUAGGGAACUUGGUUGACCCCAGGUUUGCCCCUGUCCUCGUACCGGCCGCCGAGAUGAUCCUGGACAUCUACCGCUCGGUAAUCGGACAGUCGCCACUGGUAGACCGACAGCUGGUGCGUCUGCAGGACCUGCUGGAGAAAGAGAUCGACUACCAGAAGGACCUGCUGGAGGUCCUGGGGAUGCUGGACACUCUGUUUGCCUCCUCCCUGCCGAGGACGGAGGCGCCGCGUUCGGGCGCCAGCAGGUUCAACGGCCUGGCACAGGAAGAGGCCAGUUCCUCCAGACCGCAGCUCCAAGCCACCUGAAACUCAAACGCAGAGACUUCUCCGGACUGCUUUAGAUUGAUUUUACAACUCCAACAACCGACAGACACAAACUUCCUGAUGCGGCGGUGCAUCUGUCAAAGACUUGACCAGAGAAACAUUUGGUGCAAGUUUUAAGAGACUGAUGAAGUUGUGGUCUCACUCUGGUGUUUUAACUCAACGAUGUUGCAGCUAAUUGGCAGAAUGUGUUGUCUGGAGAAUCUGUGACUGUAUGGAUGCAGAGCAUUGUUUUUAUUGGAAGUUUUCUAAUUACACUUUCAAAUUUCAAUGUGUGUGUGUGAGAGAGAUCAAGUGUUUUAACAGGUUCAACUGGUUAGUGUUUUCAUAUCCAGCUUCAUUUUGUAAGAAAAUUUGAAAUAAAUCUUUGUCAUA